AUGGCAGCUUCCUUUCCGCGGCCUCCCCCCACAGAUGCCGAACGUGAAAGGAUCAGAGAGUUAUCCAGGUAUUACUGCACCCUCGAUCGCAUCCCCUCCCUUCCGCAGCCCAACAACAAGGAGCGGACCACAGCAGGACAAGAAGAUGCUGACGAGGAUUCACCUCGUUUGUCCUCGGACAUCACCCUCACCGCCCUGAGUCAAUUGGCCGUGUUGCGCUUCGGGUGCAAUCGAGCCUUUAUCUCCAUUAUCGAUGAUGGGAACCAGCAUCUUAUCGCAGAGGCUACUGGCUCCAUCUCGCUACGUGACAAGGAUCGGCAUGCCCCAGAUGAUGCAAUUUACCUUGGUGUGCGAACGAUCGAUCUUGCCUGGGGAGUGUGCCCGCAUACUAUCUCCCUGUUUACCGGCCAGGACAUGUCUAAGGCAGUCGAGACGCCUAACAUGAUCGCGAAUAGUUCCCGCUUUGUUGUCAAGGAUUUCACCCAAGAGGACUUCUUCAAAGAUCGCCCAUAUGUAGUGGGAUGGCCCUACUUCCGCUUUUAUGCCGAGGUGCCCCUCUUUAGCCCCUCCGGCGUCGUGCUAGGGUCAUUUUGUGUCGUGGACAACAAACCACGAGAGCACUUUGCAGAAGAAGAGGUGGAUGCCUUGAAAGAGAUCGCUGAUGCGGUAGCAUUACAUCUUGAUAAAGUCCGCAUCUCGAUUGAUCAUCAUCGGACGGAGAAGCUGAUUAAAGGCCUGACCAAUUUUGUCAAGGACCAUGGGGAGUUCGACCCGGCCGAGGUGCCCCUGCCUACCAGCAAACAAUCAACGCUCAACACACUCAACUCUUCUCGCGACCGAUCGUCACUGAGUCUCCCCACCACAGGUGCUGGGGGAUCUGGAAACAUAGAGGGUCCGAUCAUGAGCGGUUCGACUGCGUCCGAGGUGGAGUUGUCGUCGCUAUUCUCAGGAGUGACGUCCUCCGAACAAACCAGGACGUCGUCUUUUUGUUACAAUUCAUCACAGUCCGCGGCACCAACGCCAGCUGAAGAGACUUUGGGCCCCCGGGAGGCUGCACCAGAGCGCCAGGAGCCGCCCACGGUGUCGGUGAAACGCGGCGUCAGAAAUGCGGACCAAAUCGCUCGGGUCUUUACUCGGGCUAGUGUCUCCCUGCAGGAUUCCCUGGAUCUAGAUGGGGUACUCUUCCUUGAUGCGAGUCGAUGUAACUCGGGCGUGGUGCUAUCGGCCGACGAGGCUCGAAGUUGGGAACCGCUUCCCACCACAGCAAAUCCAGAAUUCCUUGCCGACCCCUUCCCUAGUCCGCUUGAUUUACCGGGGGUAGGAUCACUAUCCAAAAUCGCAGAAAAGCCAUGUGAAGUGCUGGGCUGGUCUCAAAAUACACCGUCACCCACAGGUUCUGAUACCGUAGCGGUCACCGAGAGACUUCUCAGCCAAUUGAUUGCAACUUUUCCGCAGGGUCAGUUCUUUAAUCUCCAUGAAUGGGCGGAUGAGGAUGGAUGUGAAUCAGAUGGAGGAAUACGACAGGAUGAUGGGGCGAACCCCAAACACCUGCGUGACCUUGUCCGACAGCUCCGUCACCACAUUCCAGAUGCGUACAGUGUUCUUUGGUCGCCCUUGUGGUGCUGGAGGCAAUCACGGUGGGUUGCCGGCACCCUUGCGUGGUCUCGUGGUAGCGAUCGUGCAUUAGGAGUGUACGACCUGCCGUACUUGAGAGUACUCGGAGAUUCCAUUAUCUCCGAAUUGGCUCGGAUCGACUGGUCCACCACGCAACAGUCCAAAUCCGAUUUCAUCUCGUCAGUUAGCCAUGAGCUCCGCUCGCCGCUACAUGGCAUCCUAGCUAGCGCAGAAGUGCUCGAAGGUACUCCUCUUCAACCGACCCAGCUUCACUGGAUGAACAUGCUAAAGACAUGCGGCUGGGCCUUGUUUGAUACAUUGAAUCAUCUGCUUGAUUUUGCCAAGAUCAACAAUUUAACUACUGAGGACGCCGCACGGGAGGGCCGCAUUAGAGCAUCCGACGGCAGUCUGGCGACGACUUUUGACCUGGCUAACCUGAUUGAGGAGGCCACAAGGGUUCAAUAUGUUGGUCAACGGGUACCUAAAGCGACUGUGCCUUUUGUGGACCCCUUAGCCACUCCUAAGAACGAUGGUUCCAGCGACGAAACGACGGUUGUUGUUCGCAUUGAGGAACGGCAUGCGUGGAAAGUGCGAUCCCUGGCGGGGGCUUGGAAACGAAUUGUCAUGAACCUCCUCGGCAACUCGCUGAAAUUCACAAGAGCUGGGUUUGUGGAGGUCUCUCUCUCUAAAGUCAUGAAGCAGUCGGACCCCCACUCAGUUUAUGCUCAUCUUUGUGUGACAGACACCGGUAGAGGUAUUGAUCCGAUGUUCCUCAGAAACAAGCUUUUUUCCCCAUUCGCACAAGAGAAUGCUUUAUCGGAAGGCCUGGGACUAGGCUUCAGCAUUGUGCGUCAGUUAGUUGACACCAUGGACGGGCAUGUUAAUGUUAGAAGUGAGGUUGGUGUUGGUACACAGGUUGACAUCUACAUCCCUGUUCAACGCUUUGCCAGUGAUUAUUCCUCUUCAACUUCCAUGUCUAGCGCUCCGGUGAAGGCCUGCCUGGUUGGAUUCGAAGGAUAUCCAGAUAUAAAGGAAACCCCCACAGGGAUUUUGGCUGUCGAGGCCAAGAGGAAACUCGCUAUUCGGAGCUCAUUGGCCCCCGUGCUGAUGGCGCAAUGCGGUUGGAGUCUUUCGAUAGCGGAGUCUAUAGAAAAUGCUCACGGUGAUGUGGCCAUCAUUGAAGAGGAGGAAUACGCUAAGGCGACAAGCAACGGCCAAUUACCGCGUGAACUUCGCGAGAAAACCGGAAUCCACCUUUUCAUCAUUCUGGGUGGUACAGAGCCUCGUCUACACGACCUACCACCGAAUGCGAUCCGUGUAUCUCAGCCGUUUGGACCGGCAAAAUUCCAAGAGGUGCUUCAAAGGACACAGGAACUUUAUUUAAAGUCACUUGAAAAUCCCAGUCCUCCUCUUCCCACUCCAGACGAGCUAGUUAUGUCAAAGCGUCCCUCGCCGGGGCUCAUAUUACCAGCCAGUCCAGACGCUCCACAAGAUAAGGGAGUAGCACUGCCUCUUCGUGCUCCACAGCCGCCCCAGAACCCUGAUAUGAUACAUUGUCUCGUCGUUGAUGAUAAUGACAUCAAUUUAAAAAUCCUGUCUACCUUCCUCCGCAAAUUAGGAUGCAGCUACGACACUGCCUCAGACGGAUUGAUAGCCCUCAAUAAAUACAAAGACUCACCCCGACGAUAUGAUUACGUGCUGAUGGAUAUAUCAAUGCCCGUAAUGGAUGGGCUUCAGUCGACAAGUCACAUCCGACUGUAUGAGAAGGAACGGAAGCUUAAGCCAUCGCGGAUCAUGGCUGUCACCGGGUUGGGCUCAGCGGAGACCCUGCAAGAGGCGCUGGCCGCCGGUGUGGAUGACUACAUGGUCAAACCCAUCUCACUGAAAGCUUUGAAGAAGGUUAUGAACCUUGCAUGA